AUGCAUUACUCCCCCCUCAUCGAAAAGAUCACCUCAUUCACUAAGAAGUGGACGGGUAAGAACCUUUCGUAUGCCGGUAAAACUGAACUCGUACGGUCUGUUUUGCAGGGUGUCGAGUGCUACUGGUUACAAGUCUUCCCGUUGCCAGCAAAUGGAACAAAGUACGGAGCGGUGGCAUGGAAGGACCUUUGCGUGCCCAAGGAAGAAGGAUGGCUCGGCCUUCGGGACCUUGGGGCAUGGAACAAAGCACUCCUAGCCCGUUACCUUUGGAACAUUCACAUCAAGAAAGACUCCCUUUGGAUUAAGUGGAUUCAUACCGAGUUCAUCAAGGGCAAGUCGAUAUGGGAGUGGAGUGUGAAGUCCCGAGACUCUCCACUGUUCAAGAGAUUGAUCGAGAUUCGGGACGAGAUGCUAGGGGAUCGACAACAAAGAGAAGUCGAGAUGCAGUGGGAGAAGUGGUAUACAUCAAAAGGAACCGUCGAGGCCUACGAUUGGUUCAGGCCUAAAGGGGAACGGAGACUUUGGCACAGGUUCAUUUGGAAGGAUUUUAUCCCUCCAAAGUAUUCGUUCACGACCUGGCAGGUGCUCAGGAACCGACUACCGACGAGGGACAGGCUCGGCUGCAGAGACACUGAGAUUGAUCAAAGAUGUCCACUAUGCACCACAGGAACCAAAUCAGUGGACCACCUCUUCUUCAAGUAUACCAAGACAAGAGAAGUUUGGCGUGUGAUCAAGACAUGGGUUGGCAUGAGGAGGCCGAUCACAACCAUACCAAGCGCGAUCAAGUGGUUCCUUAAGGAGCGCAGUGGUGUAACGGUGAUCCGUAAGGCAAGGAGCCUGGCCAUUAUAGCCACGAUCAGCUUGAUGUGGAGAGCUAGGAACGCCGUAAUUUUUGAUGGAGCUACCUUUGAGCCGAAGCACCUGAUCUUUCAGAUUAAGAAAAUCACUUACGCUACACUCUACUCCAUGUUCCCGCACGAGACGGUCCAGGAGCACCUUGGAGUUUAG